AUGCUUGAUGGUCGUGCUGCAACUUCGGGUAAUUUUAACAAUAAAACAACAUCCGUAAUUCCAUUAUCAUAAUUGAGGAGGAUGAGAAAUAGCAGUUGUGAAAUCUAAGAUAAUCAUACUAUGAUAGAGAAAUAAGACUUGUAUAUUAGAUAUAUAUAUAUAACUUAUCAGACAUGCUAAAUCCUAGGAGAGAGUGAAAAAGUGGCCAUGUGCUAUGAAUAUUAGGAGAAGAAAGAAUCAAUCACAAUUUGAGAGAUUUGCAGAAGAUGAAGAGGAACGUAGAAGAAUUGAAAAGGAGGAAGCUGAAUACCAAUAGAAAUAAAAACAAGAUGUAUUAUUAAGAGCAAAUAGAUUAAUUUAUGAGAAUAAUCCAUUUAUUAGAUAAUUUUAGUAGAAACUGUUAUUUUCAGAUGUUCUUUAAGAAAGAGAUUCUUAACUUCAAUUAAAUGAGUAUAAAAAGACUAUUAAUAAGUAAUUUAUUGAUUUAAUGAUAAUAGUGUGAGAGAUAAGUUGCAUAAUGAAGAACAGUUAGAGAUUAUGGCUAAUUAUGAUUAAACAGAAAAGCUUAAAGAAGAAGAAUUCAAACGAAAGAAAUAAGAAUAAAAAAAUAUACUUAAAUAAUAACAUGAUGAAAUGAUUAAUAAUCAUAUAAAAUAAAUAUAGAAUGAGAAGAUUGAGGGUUAAUUAAUUAAGGCAAGAGCAUAAAAAUUAAUUUAAGAGGAAGAGGAAGCUGAAAAGGAGAGGAAGAGAAAGAGAUAUGAAAAUAUGCUUGAAAUUAAGAAAGGUAAUGAGGAAAUAAAAGAAUAUAAAUUAUAAUAAUUAUAAAAAGAUAAAGAAUAAGAAGAAUAAAUUAAAUUACAUGGAGAAAAGAAAGAUAGAAUUUUAGAAAUGAGAAAAUAAAGAGAAUAAAUUAAAUUUAAAGAAAAGUAAGAAUAAAGAUAAAAAUUAAUUGAUGCUUAAAUUGCUAUUCUUAUGAAAAAAGAAGCAGAAUAAUUAUAAUUGAUGAAUAAAUAAAUUAAAGAGGCAGAAUAAAAAGAUGAAGAAGUAGAAAAAUUAAAAUUAAUUAAAUAAGAAACACAAAAGAAAAAGAUUGAAGAUAGUAGAAAUAUUAUUAAAGAAUUUAAAUAAAAAGAUAAAAUAAUGAAAAAUUAAAAUGAUAAAGAAUUUUAAUAAUAUUGGAAAUAAAGAGGAGAAGAACUCUAAAAAAUAGAAUAAGAAGAUUUAGAUAAUUAAAGAAAAAGAAAUUAAUCAGUAAAAGAUUAUUAAUUAUAAUAAAUAGAAUAAAAAUAGGUAUUAUAUAUUAAUAUAAAAAUUAGAAAAUUAAAGAAUAAUAAAUACUAUAAGAAUUACAAUAAGAUGAAGAUAUUAAAAGAUAAUAACAUUUAGAAAAUAAAACAUUUUUUACAUGGGCAGAAAGAGCAGUCAAGGAAUGGGCUGACUAAGGAAAGAAUAUUCGUCCUUUAAUCAAAGAAUUAGCUAAAUUAAAAGAAAUUUGA